GUCAAAUCGCUCCGUCAUCUUUUCCGUCCAUUCUUCUCUCUCCUCCAUUACUCUCUCUCUCUCAUCACUUUCUCUCUCUAAAACAACCAUUGCUAACCUCUUAAUCACCUAAAAACAGAAUCAAUUUUUCAAUUCUUCAAAAUGCACUACCGAUUUACGCAUCCAAAUCUAUAGAUACAGACAUAUACAUAUAGAGAGAGAGAAACGAAGCAAAACGAUGUGGAAAUCAUCGUUCUCGUUGCUGAAAAAAGGCUUAUCUUCAACAAUUGUCAGGUCAAAACCGUACAGGUAUGGAUCGAGAACCGUUGCGUCCGUUGAUUCCGUUGAAUCUGGUUACAGGUUUUUUAACUGUAACUGUAUCGGUAACCGUUUGUUUUUGAGUACGGUCGCCGGAGGCGGAGACGGUGGCGGAGUGACGGCUGUUAGUGACGGAGAUAAUAUAUCGGUAGCGGAGGCGAAGAAGCUGAUGCGGUUGGUGAAUGUGGACGAGUUGAAGACGAAGUUCGGUACGGAAGGAAAAGAGGUGAUAGGUUAUUCGGAGCUGUUGCAGGCGUGUGAGAGUAUCGGUGUUGCGAAAUCGGUUGAUGAAGCGAAGAAGUUUGCUAGUGUUCUUGAUGAGGCUGGUGUUGUUCUUAUUUUUAGAGAUAAAGUUUAUCUUCAUCCUGAUAAGGUGGUGGAUCUAGUCAGAAGGGCGGUCCCGCUAGCCCUAACACCCGACGAUGAUCCAAGGAGGGAGGAGCUAAAGCAAUUACAAGCAAAACAGGAAGAAAUUGACCAGUUGGCCCACAAGCAGGUCCGGCGAAUCCUCUAUACCGGGCUUGGGUUCUCACUAGCUCAAAUCGGGCUCUUUUUUCGUUUAACAUUCUGGGAAUUCUCUUGGGAUGUCAUGGAGCCGAUCGCUUUUUUCGCAACCACAUCUGGCAUAAUUGUUGGGUAUGCGUAUUUUCUUAUAACAUCAAGGGACCCGACAUACCAAGAUUUUAUGAAGAGGCUGUUCUUGUCGCGUAGAAAAAAGUUGAUGAAGAAGCAUAAUUUUGAUGUUGAAAGAUUCAUGGAGUUACAGAAGAAAUGCAAGUCACCUCUAGAUGCACCUCCUUCAGCCAAACAUGAUUUUGCGGGGGUAGAAUUGGAAACUCGGGAUUUGUUGCAUAAGAACUGAGUCAACUAACAUAAAGAGGUUUGACUUUUGAUUGUCAUGUGUUUUGACUUUGGUUGACAAUCUGCCAUCCGAUUAUAUUCACAAAAUUUUGAAUUUCGUUUCAA